UUGAAUCACGGUGUUGUCAUCGGUCCAGUUUCACCCCGCCCGUCCUUUUAGUGUUCGUCGCACAGUCGCUAUGGACGCACGUCACUUUGUUAAAUUACUGCGAUUACUGAUGUCGUACGUGUAGUAUCGCAUAUUAUCAUCUGGACUGUUAAGGACACGCGCCGGGCUAAUAAACGGCAAUCCCGAACAACGGAGAUCACGCCUGCAUAACCGUGAACCUCUAUCUGGACAUGGGACAAUGCAUAGACGUUUCUGGACUUAGUUAAUUGGUUCGUGCUUGUUUCAGUGAUGUUACGCGAUUCCCUUACCACUUUGGCUUCAUAUUUGUUCUAGAAAGUGUUAAACUAGCCAAGUAUUGGUCGGCGAAGGGACGCUUCUCUGUUACCCCAGGCUUGUAUACAACUCCAAUCCGCGGCUCUGAAACUGGGCCACAUCGAGGCACUUUUGUCUUUUGGGGAACUUACGGAGUUUAAACAUGACUGCUCGACUUGAAAGAGAAACUCGGGAGCGUUAGAGGAAAUGUACGGGUUGUAAUAAAGGAUAUUUAGUGUUACACGUGAAUGCACGCGGACGGAAUGGCGUCUUAUGUGGACAAUAGUUUUCGACACGCGAUCAUGAAAAAUCCUGCCGACAGGACGCAACAGGAUCUGCAGGUUGUGUAUUCAUACCUCCAUGGAAUGGAAGCAUUGUCCAAUCUGAGAGAGCACCAGCUCAGGUUAAUGUGUGAGACCGUUCGAUAUGAACAGCAUGAAGCCAAUGAAGUGUUAUACUAUCCUGAUGACAUUGGGACCUGCUGGUACAUCUUGCUGUCUGGUUCAGUCUUUAUUAAGGAAUCCAUGUUUUUGCCACGCAGCAGUUUUGGUAAGCGUUCUGCGGGUAGUUUGCGUCGUGGUUGUGAGUGUAUCGUCCUUGAAGCUUCAGAGAUGAUUGUGGUGGACUACAUGGACGACAAUGACGAGUAUUUCCAAAGGCAAGCGUCUCAUCGGCAGUCCAGGAGAAGGUUCAGAAAGAUAAACCAGCGUGGAGAGCGACAGACUAUAAUCGAUACCGUCGAUCAUUAUCCAAUGAGCAAACCUCCUCUGCCUCCAGGAUACCAUUCGGAAUGCUCAAAAUCCCAGCUUCCUGCAGAUUUCUCAAAGCUUCACCCCUCCGACAGUUGCCACUCUCACAUGACAACAAGCCAAUCGCGUUCCAGCAUCGCUAGCGAUUCAGGAAGUAGCAGCCUUUCAGAUAUUUACCAGGCCACUGAGAGCGACUGUGGCGACAUGGAUCUGAGCGGACUUCCCGAAACGGCAGUAGACUCGGAUGAAGACGAUGAUGAUGAAGAUGUGGGGAGGGGGACGGACCCUCUCAUGAGUCGGGAUAUUGUGCGAGACUGUCUGGAGAAGGAUCCUAUGGAUCGUACAGACGAUGACAUCGAGCAAUUGCUGGAGUUUGUACAGCAGCUCCCGGCAUUCGCCAGCCUGAGCGUUUCUGUUCGAAGGGAGCUCUGUGCCGUCAUGGUGUUCGCGGUCGUGGAACGGGCCGGAACCGUGGUGCUGAAUCAUGGUGAAGAGCUGGACUCUUGGUCAGUCAUUCUGAAUGGAGCUGUAGAGGUGAUCCAUCCAGAUGGCCGCGGUGAAAGUGUGUGCAUGGGUGGAAGUUUUGGUGUUUCACCCUCUAUGGAGAAACAACUGAUGACUGGAGUCAUGAGGACCAAGUUGGACGACUGUCAGUUUGUGUGCAUCGCACAGCAGGACUACUGCUGCAUUCUGAAUCAGGUUGAGCAGAACACACAGCGUGUAGAGGAGGAAGGGGAAAUUGUCAUGGUGAAAGAGCACAGAGAGCUCGACCGGACGGGUACCCGAAAGGGACACAUUGUUGUCAAGGGUACUGCUGAGAGGUUAAUGCAGCACUUAGUGGAGGAUCAUUCAGUCGUGGACCCCACAUACAUCGAAGACUUCCUGUUGACCUAUCGUACCUUCUUGCCCAGUCCUCUGAUUCUAGGACAGAGACUUCUGGACUGGUUUAAUGACCCCUGUUUACGAGACAAGGUAACACGAGUUGUGCUGUUAUGGGUUAACAAUCACUUUAGUGAUUUCGAAGGAGACCCCGAUAUGACCAAUUUCCUGGAGGAGUUCCAAAACAAUCUGGAAAGAGAGAAAAUGACUGGGCAGCUGCGGUUGCUCAACAUAGCUUGUGCUGCUAAAGCCAAACCCAGGGUGAUUACAAUAACAAGGGCUUCUCGGGAAACGCCCCUCCCCUUCACGCUCAUUGGAGGAGCCGAACGAGGGACACACCUAUUCAUUAGCAGUGUGGAGGUGGGAAGCAAAGCAGAGGAGGCGGGGCUUAAGCGUGGAGACCAGAUAUUGGAGGUGAACGGGCAAACCUUUGAGAACCUACAAUUGUCCAAAGCAACUGAAAUUCUAAGGAACAACAUCCAGCUGUGUAUGAGCGUCAAAACCAACCUCCUGGUCUUCAAGGAACUUGUGGCCAGGGUGGCAGAGGAAAUAAAAAACGGCGUUCCCCAUCUUCCAAAGAUCGGUGAUGGAAAGAAAAAUAGCCGUUUCUCUGUACCUGAUCUUGGAGCUGGCACUGAUGUCAUAGGUCAAGAUAAAGUCAGCAAAAAGGCCAAAGCACACACUAUGGGCGGCCGAAUAAAACUGAUGAAGAUUCUAGACAAGACGCGCAUGAGUAUCCUACCUCAGAAACCUUACAGCAGUGACCUCGGGUUGGGCCAGACCCAGGAUGACAGCAUUGUGGGAUUGCGACAGAACAAACUGGCCCCGCCCACCAUAGCGGGCAGUGGAAAUCUCUCAUCCAGUAACCCUGACCUGGCCCAGGGCCAGCAGCGCAUUAUCGACUACAGUACACAGCCACCAGCUCCUGGAUUCACUCAAUUGCAAGAGCAGGUGCUGCGUGUUUUCAAGGCAGACCAACAAAGUCGUUACUUGCUGAUCAAUAGGGACACCACAGCUAGAGAGGCAGCCAAUCAGGCCAUACGAGAGUUUGGUUUGACAACAUCAUCCGAAGCCUAUUCGCUCUGUGAGGUGUCAGUCACGCAGGAGGGCGUCAUCAAACAGAGACGACUUCCUGAUCAACUCUCCAAACUAGCCGAUAGGAUACAGCUCAGUGCCAGGUACUAUCUAAAGAACAACAUGGAGACGGAGACGCUCUGUUCAGAUGUGGAAGCUCAGGAGAUGCAGCGAGAAUCUCAGGUCUCUCUGUUAUCUUUGAGCUCAGUUGAGAUAGCCAAUCAGCUGUCAGCGCGCAACUAUCUUCUCUUCUCGAGCAUCGAACCAACCGAUUACAUCAUUGACCUCUUUAAGCUCCGCCCACACGAUCCUCCCAGCAACCUUCGCAACUUCGAAGGUCUUGUGAACCAAGAGACCUUCUGGGUCGCCACAGAGGUCGUACAGGAAAGCAAUCCAGCCAAAAGAAUGAAGAUCAUCAAGCACUUUAUAAAGAUCGCCCUUCACUGCCGCGACUGCAAGAACUUCAACUCCAUGUUCGCCAUCAUCAGCGGGUUUAAUCUGCCACCCGUCUCUCGAUUGCGGUCCACAUGGGAACGCUUGCCUGGAAAAUACGAGAAACUUUUGGAAGAACUUCAGGAUGUGUUCGACCCGUCGCGCAACAUGGCCAAAUACCGCAACCUUCUCAACAAGCACAACCUCCAGCCGCCCGUCAUUCCUCUGUUUCCUGUCAUCAAAAAAGACCUCACCUUCCUUCACGAGGGCAACAACUCUAAGGUGGAUGGUCUGGUGAAUUUUGAAAAAUUGAGGAUGAUCGCCCGAGAGAUCAGGCAUGUGUUUCGAAUGGCCUCCAUCACAAUGGACCCUGCAUUGCUUUUUAAAACCAGGAAGAAAAAGUGGAGGAGUCUAGGAUCUCUGAGUCAGGUGAGCAGCUCAUCUCUGUCUGACAUCGGAACGAUGGGCGGGAAAAGGAAGGGUAGGCGGAGUUCUUUCCUCAGCACUAAGAAACUCUACGAGGUGGAGAUGAUGAGCAGACGCGUGCGGCAGUAUUUAGACUCGCACUCUCUCGAGAGCAACGAGGACAAGCUUCAUGAGCUCUCUAUACUGUGUGAACCACCCAACACCGCGACACUGAAGAGCUCAGGUGACAGGAGAAGAGCGGAUGCGUCACCUGUCAGUCAGAGGAGCUCCACUCCUCAGCACAUAAAUGGAAAUCCUGGCCGCAAGAAAUCAAUCGACAAAGACAUGCUGCCAUUCGAAGAGAGACAACGAAAGCUCACGGAGGGCAGCCAAUCAGAUGCCUCGUCUCUGGUUUCCUCUCCGCGUACCUCACCUCGUAAUACACCUAGAAAAGCCCCACAGUUGGUGGUGAGCGAUGCAUCAGAUCAGUUGAGUUUGUUAAGCUCCUCCUCCUCUGAUUUUAUCAUAAAUGACGACCACACCCAUGCUCAAGCCCAUACGCUGACACACCCACUCAACACGCGUAGGGCGGAGCCUGACCAAAUAAGCCUUGGGUCCUACUCCCUGACUCAGGAUCUGUGCGACCGGGCAUCAUUGGAUGCAGCAGACAGCGGGCGUGGCAGCUGGACGUCCUGCUCUAGCGGUUCCCAUGACAAUAUCCAGAGUAUCCCACAUCGUAUCGGUUAUUAUGACAAUCGCAGCAGCUGGGAGACACUGUCUGAAGGGACCGGACGUAGUCACACGAGCACUCCUACCGGAUGCUGGGGCGAAGAAUUGGAAGGCGACACAGGAACGAUAAAACGUAGAGGUGGAAAAGAUGAGACUCCAAAUACGCCAAGUGUCGCGAGUCGAAGGGAAGGGCGUUUUAGAGAGCCACCACCCACUCCACCGGGUUACACAGCUCUUUCAUUGGCUGAGACAGACAGUCCUCAAGUUCAUGCUCAUGGGAGACGGCCACCGGACUACAACGCAGCGCUGCAAAGGUCCCGAUUUGUAAAAAGAUCAUGUGAACAUCCUUCACAAGUACGCCCAUCAAGCAGAUUACCAGCAUACAGCCAUUGCCAGUCACCACGACGACCACAACAAGAU